CUGCGGCUUCUACGCUCCCGACAUCCGCGUCCCGCUGCAGACUUCCCGAGCCCGGGGGGAGAACAGGGCAAGAACAAGGAAGCCAUGGCCGAGUCCAACCCGCUGCGGGGCUUCCCCCGUCUGCGCCGGGCCGCGACCUCAUUUCCUGGUAAUCUACAUUUGGUCUUGGUGCUCCGCCCCUCCACCUUGUUAAGCUCCGCCCCCAGUCCAUCUUCAAGCACUGACCUGGGCUUCCGCUUCAGCCAGGAUGAUUUCCUGUUAAAGAUGCCGGUGGUGAUGCUGCGUUCAGUUGGUGACCUGCUGCGAUACAUCGAUGAAAACCACUUGACAUCCGACUUCACUGCAAAAGUGGAGUAUUGCCAGAGUGACUGGAUCGUCCUCCGUACGGCCAUUGAGACCUUUGCAGUCACAGUGAAGGAAAUUGCCCAGCUGCUGCAGGGCUUUGGAUCAGAGCUGUCUGAGACCGAACUACCAGACGAAGCAAAUGCCAUCGAAUUCUUGCUGCACUCUCACACCCACCGAUACCGACAGAUGAAGGACGACAUCCGCAGUGUGCUGAAAGAAGGACGUCUGCUGUCGUCUAACCUGGAAACUGUCAAGGCUUCUAAGAGAGACGCAGAAGAGGAGAGGGAGAUACAAGCAGACAUGGACACUGUGCAGAGGCUCCUGUUCCAGCUCAGAGACAUGGAGGAGGCGUUUGAUGGCUUCUUUGAGAAACAUCACCUUAAGCUGCAGCAGUACCUCCAGCUGCUGCACUACGAAAUUAGCUUCCAGCAGAUGGAGGAGGUGCUGGAGCGGCUCUCUGCCCAGGAGAAGGGUGUUGCCUCUCUGGGAACCACAGUGGUUCAGACGGAACAGCUACUAAAAGACCUGGAGACUCUGGACAAACAGGCUCAGGAGGAGAUGACUCGUGCCCAGGUGGUGAUUCUACACGGUCACCAGCUGGCUGCCAACCAUCACUAUGCUCUGGCUCUCAUCAUCCAGCGCUGCAAUGAGCUGCGACAUCACUGUGAUGUCAUAACCACUGCCAUACGCACCAAGCGGGCCUCGCUGACACGAACACGAGACCUGCUGCUGCGCCUUGAAGAGGCCCUGCAGUGGUGUGACGAAGGCGCCUACCUGCUGGCGAGUCAGAUGGUGGACAAGUUCCAGACCAGAGAGGGAGCCCAGGAGGCGCUGCAGUACCUGAGCUGCCACCAGGAGAGGGCGCCGUCCGCUCUGAAAAACAGCCAGGACAUUCUGAGCCUGGAGUUUGAAGCCAUACUCACCCCACAGCUGCAGUCCCAGAUCUCCAUGGUAACGGAGAAGCUGAACUCGGUGCAGUCCAUGAUCAGGAACAGAGAGCAGUGUCUGAGGAAGUUGGCAGACAUACAGGUCCGACCCAUACAGCUGGUGGCUCCCCGGCCAGAACCGGAGCAGACCUCAAUGCGAUGCAAGUCACCCCUCUUCUCCCCCAAACAUGGUGUAGACUUUAAUGUUUUAAACUCCAAAUUCUCCUUUGACCUGCUUCCUGGCAAGAGAGCUGCAAGAAGGAACAACAGCCAACGCAAGAUCGAGGUGAUGCAUGAUUACCAAGGCAACCGCAGCUGUUUGUACGGCUCCACAACUGAAACCGAUUCAGAGGCCGAGGACAAUCCGGAGCAGGUCACACGCCACAUUAUGAAGGAGCUGAUAGCUACAGAGAGGAUCUAUGUGGAUGAACUCCUUUCUGUCCUUCUGGGCUACAGGGCAGAAAUGGAGGACCCCUCCAUUUCCAAUCUCCUUCCUCCAGCUCUGCGCAGCCAGAAGGACGUUCUGUUCGGCAACAUGCCAGAGAUUUACCAGUUCCACAGCAGGAUCUUCCUCCAGGAUCUGCAGGGUUGCCUGGAGACACCAGAGAGGGUGGGGGCCUGCUUCCUGCAAAGGAAGGAGAAGUUCCAGGUGUAUGAACGCUACUGCCAAAACAAGCCUCGCUCUGAGUUGCUAUGGCGACAGUGUGCUGGUUCGCCCUUCUUUGAGGAGUGCCAGAAGAAGCUGGAACACAAGUUGGGUCUGGACUCUUACCUGCUGAAACCAGUCCAACGUCUCACCAAGUACCAGCUACUGCUCAAGGAGCUUUUGAAGCACUGUGCCGAGGAGCGUUACCGCUGUGAGCUCCGGGAGGCUCUGGACUCCAUGUUGGAGCUGCUCAAGUCUGUCAACGACUCCAUGCAUCAGAUCGCCAUCACCGGAUAUCAGGGUGAUCUCGGCCAGCUGGGCCGUGUGGUGAUGCAGGGGGGCUUCAGCGUGUGGAUCAGCCACAAAAGGGCAGCAGUGCGGAUGAAGGAGCUGGCCAGGUUCAAACCCAUGCAGAGACAUCUCUUCCUCUACGAACACGCGCUGCUCUUCUGCAAGCGCAGAGACGAGGACAACCAAGACCGGACGCCGUUCUACAGCUUCAAAUCCUGCCUCAGAAUGAGUGCAGUGGGAAUCACAGAAACUGUGAAAGGAGAUGUGAAAAAGUUUGAAAUCUGGUACAGUGGCAGAGAAGUGGUGUACAUAGUUCAGGCUCCCACAGUGGAGGUCAAAGUUGCCUGGCUGACGGAGAUUCGAAAAAUUCUCACUAACCAGCAGAAACUACGUCAAGAUGAGGCUCCUUCUCUUCCACUUUCAGACAACCCUCUCUCUGACAGUGCAUCAGAGAUGUGUGUGUCGUGGGGCGGAGCGUCGGUGGGAGGCUGCUCAGCGUGUCUCCCUGUUCCUCACAGCUCCACGGCAACAAGCCACUCCUACAGGCAGAGAGGGGAGGAGUCUAUACACACUAGCCCCGCCCACUCGGACCCUGUGGUUCAUUCACCUCGACGCAGUUGGCCUGUUCCUGCUCAUUCAGUGGCGAUCUGUGAAGGCCUGGAGGACUGGGGCGCUACAGACCUCUCCACCUUAUCGGACUCAGACGAGGACGAUCAGCCUGCUCCACUGGUGGCGGGGAGGUACAGAGUCAUGGUGGAGAGCAGCAUGGCCAGCACUGAUGAUAUCAUCUUCAACUGUGGUGAUGUCAUCCAGCUUCUGCAUGAGGAAUCAUCAGGAAUGUGGAUGGUGAGGAAUAUAAGUCGUGGUGAAGAAGGCCGUGUCUUACCUGAGGACCUGCACAGGAUUCUGGGAGAAACCUGCUGAGAGCCAAUCAGAACGGACGAUAGAUGACACAGUGUUCAUGAUGUGUGUCUAGUCUUCUCCUGUAUUUGUCGCUUAUUUGGCUCACUCUAUGCCUCAAUACCUUCCACACACACAGACUCAUAUCUUCCAUCAGCUACCCGACCAUCCAAAGGGAAGCAUCAGACUCUGCUGAGACGUCCGUCAGUCAGACUGAAGCACAACAUCAGCCACAUACGGUACUUUACUCUCCAAACUACUGUGACAGUUUCACCUCAGAAGGUUGUAAACUGCAGAACGGACCUGAGAAGACUCUUAACAACAGAAAGCACAUACAAGCCAUCUUUUGAUCUGUCUUUUUUUGGCAGAAAUACAGUAAAUUAUUUUGGACUGAAGAUGUUUAAAACAGGCUUUUAUUUCAUACUCACAGAGUGGACUUUUUGUUUAAGACUGGAAGUUGUAUGAUUUCUAUUUUCUUAUGAGAUAUCACAGAGAUCAUUGGUAUGCCUACCGACAUAUUGUUGUUCAUGUGCCAAACAGCUAAGCUAAUAAUCGCAGCAGCUUCUUCUUGUGUACAACUGACAUGUUUUAGAAAAUAGCUUUACUGUGUGGUGCCAUUGUGUUGAAUGAAGCUAAACCCGCCUUUUGCUACAGCAGUCAGCUACAAUGCUAGAGAAUUUGGACUUGAUGUAUGCAGAAACCACCACGUCUUUGUGGCAAAAGCAAAUAUUUCUUACCUAUGAAUUGCAUUUACAUGAUACACAAAAGCCAAAAAAAAAAAGAAAAAACAACACAAACUUGGAAAUAUGGUACUGAGUUUUGCAGGUUGUGCAACUUCUCCCAGUUCAUACUAGCUGCAGUGAGUUUGUUUUGGUAAAAAAAAAAAAAAAAAAAAAAAAAAACUCAUUGCAUUCCCUCUUUAAAUGAUUUUCACAGCUUUCAUGUGGACAUGUCAUAGCAGGAGAGCAACAGGAAUAAAUGCAUUAUUGAAGGUAGCUGGUGGAGUUUUUUUUUAAAGUUAUUUUUUGGCCUUUUUUGUACAGGACAGUGUAGAGAGAGACAGGAAAUGUGGGUAGAAGAGUGGGGGAAUGACAUGCAGUAAAUGGCCGUAGGCUGGAUUCGAACUGAGCUACCUGGGUGCCCAGCUGGUGGAGCUUUGGACUUCUAGUAGCACUACGGAGUAGUUUUUCUUGUGGGUCCACAUGCACAUGUCCAACACACAGUCCUGCCAUUGGUUUGACGCUAUUCUACAGAAACACGAGUGGAUCAGUAUGAGAGUGCCAAUAAAGUCAGCAAAGACAAAAACUUUUUGCUUGUAAUCAUGGAUGUAAACAACACUGUGCAUUUGCAAAUGUUCUAUGAUGAAUGUUUGAUAGAAUUCCAGAAUACAUAUAAUGUAUUUUGGUGAGUAACACUGAAUGUAAGCUUUACUUUGUUUACAAGAAAUCCCCUUCAGGGCACUUUUAGUGACCAAAUUUCAUUUCAGCCUAAAUUUUACAUCCCUGGUAUUGUACAUUGUGACAUACUGGAUUGUUAUAGUUAAACAGUCAGUUUUGAUGUCAUUCAUUGCUUCUCCUGCCAUGACAAGUCCAAAUGUUUUCUGCACUCAGCUAUGGUAAAAGUCUUUCCUGCAGUGUUGGUCAGUCCUGAGUCAAACCUACACUAACUAGCAUUGUAGCUUGUUGUUGCUUAAUUUCCAAAAAGUGACUUCAUUUCUGUAUUUAUGCAUUACAUUUGCUGCUAUUUAUGGUGAUAAUGUGUUAUUCUUGAGUUUUGAUUGAUGGAUGACAAUCUUGUAACUUGCCCAUCAAACAAAUCUUCCUCUGCUGCACCUAUAUUUACCACUUUACUGCUAAUGAGACGCGAUAAGGUUCAUUUGUGUUUGUUUGCUGCUCUGCAUGGACAGAUCACUCUCUGCGCACGUCUGAGGCUUUAUUUCUGCCUGCAUUGCUAUUUUGCACCAAAAUAUGCUCAAUGUUGGGUUGUAUCGCUAAGUAGGAUAAUAUAGAGUUGCUAUUGCCAACUGAUCAAUUACAGUUAGGCUGUGGAUUACUUCAUGGAAGCUGAAUUGAAUGACAAGAGAAAAUUUACAUUUAUUUCAAACUGCCUUGUGUUAAAACUGCCUGGUCAGACUUCCCCUGCAUUGUAGGAAGGAGCCUGUUAAGAAGCUUUCAAACUACAUGUGAAAAGUGGUCAUGAAAACACUGCCACUUCCCCGCCAGACGAGCCGAGGGUUCAUCUCUAAAGGGCAGACAGAUGCAGUAGAAUUACUGAAUAUGCUGACGGUUUCGAAGACACCUACUGUAAACUGUGAAUAUGUAAAUGGUAAAGAAAAAACAACCUAAUUUUAGAUGUUCAGCACAAUUUUAGCCAGUAGUCGUCUAAAUGGUAACACUUCUUCCAUCAGUCAGAUGACAAUACUCAGCUAUCAAGUGUCACAUUUAAAGUAGAUUCCUCGAGUAUUUGUUACAUCUCUGGACUAUUUCAAUCCAAUCUAAUCAUCCAAGAUUAACACUCAAUAAAGAAUCGUUUUCACAGUAUUUAACACCUACAGUGGGAACAUUAUAGCCACUUGACUGUGCAGGACUGUUUAAGUGAAGUGUGUCCAUAAGUACUUAACAGUGAGUAAUAUUUAAUCACGUUAAACUGAUUUGAAAUCCACCCAACACUAGAGACCAUCUAGUGUUCGCUGCUUUUGCUCAUUUUGCACUUUUUUGAUAUUUUGAAUCAUAGUGAACGCUUGUAUUAUAAUGCAAAAUGUAUAUGAUUAUUUUCCGAAAUAUAAGCACAUGACUGUUUGAUUUGACUCAA